UCGCUAGAGGGCGUUCUUGUAGUCGUUAAAAAUGUUGGUCGGAAUCUGUCGAAAAUGAUGAAUCCGUUUUUGCAAAUUGUUAAAACUUUCAUUAUGUUGUAGUUAAAUUACUUAACAUGAUUCUAUUUAGUAGCUAGUAAGUGGAAAAGACAUUUUGUCAAGGAAAAGAGUGAUUUAGGUGUGCGAAAGUCAUACGACUUGUGUCAUCUGACUGCUCUUCCUUCAAGAUGGCUCCUCCGCCGGAGUAUGAUAAGGAACCGAAAGCUCCGGAUAAAAGUGCAACAAAUAUUUCCACUGAAGAUUCAAAACUUCUACAUAAUUUGGUAAACGACCAGCACACAAAUUCAGACCACAAACCUAUAAAUACGGUUGCAGCCGUUGAAGUUGAGAAUAACAAACAUGUAGAGACUUUGGACGAUGGGCAAUUACGAGCGUUGUUGGACGAGGCUAUCACAUACAAAUGUCCUAAAGACCGAGAGGGUAAAAGCAGUCUAUUUAAGGAAUUGCUGGAAGAAGUGGAACAGGACGAGCAAGCGUGCGAGGCGGCGGCGCGGACGCUGAGCGGGUGCAGGGGCGCUCGACGCGGGGGCCGCGGGCGGCGCGCGCUGCCCCACUCCAACUCGCUGCAGGACCUGGUGGCAGCACUGGCCGCCGAGCCCGCGCCGCGACGCCACCAUGUGCGCCACCACCCGCCCGCGCCCGCGCCAAGCAACGUGUCCGCGCGGGCCAUACACGGCGGCAGCCUGCCCUCCGGCGUCGAUACCUCGUCGUUGCUGAGCGAGGAGCCGGCUCGCGGCGCGGGCUACCUGGCCACGGUGCGCUGCGUCAACCCGCCGCCGCUCGCCGAGCGCCGCGUGUCCGCCAGCGAUGCCAACACACCUGCUGAAAUGGAGCUACUCAAUAGAAGAAGUAAGCCGAUGUUCCCGAUGACGUACACUGCGCGCGCGACGCUGGAGAUCGGCAGCGGCAGCGUGUGCUCGGGCCGCGCGGUCACCACCACCACCGCGUCCAACCAGGUGCGUACCCCGCCGUCCCACAGGCCAGGCCCUCAAGCCAUGCUCCUGAAAGCCUUGCGCCCCGGCAGACCCAGCGGUGGUGGCCAGUCUGAUGACUCACUCCCAACUAAUGCUACAACUAAACCGCGCGGCCCGAAACAACUCACGCUAAAUAACAAACAGGACAUUCAUAACAGCAAAUCAAGUCAAGUCACCAAAGGUUUGACAAAAGAGAAAAAGGAGAAAAUUCCGGAAGAUAAUUCGCAGCUAUGGGCUUACAAUGUCGACAAUUGGUAUAAGACCUUACCGACUAACACCGAACCUCUGUUUAAUCCGAAAUUAUUCGACAAACAUAAACAGAAUACUUGCCCUAAAGCAGUCGAUGUUCCAACUAAAUCUAAAACAAUUGAGACUGACGUGGAAAGCAAUUUUGUGUCACCUAUGAAUACAACUUUAACUGACCAUGAUAGAGUUGGACAAUAUACACCAAUAAAAAAUGCAAAUGAUGAGUUUUAUGAAGGGAGGGUUGAAGAAAACUUCGUACAUGACUAUAACGAAUGUGAUAUUAGAUUAAGAAGAGAAUAUAGACAAAAAGUAGGUGAUAGGUUAGUAAAACCGUCUCUAUCAGACAUUAAUCCAAAGAACGUGAGGCGUAUGACCAUAGGUCGACCCCCACCGAAUAAUCCAUACGCUUCUUUUAAAGAAGCUAAUCUUGAAGAUAAUACUGUUAAAGUUAAUAAAGAGAAGAAUACUGCUAACAUAUCUACGACUCAAAUUGAUGGUGGAUUCAAUUCUAACACAAAUGAUGUCGAUAGUAAAAUAAAUAUUACUACAGACGAUGUGCCUCCGUCAACUUCCAAGCAAUUGUUAGAUAUAUCUAAGGAAGGCUGUGAUUCAUCUGAUGAAGAAGAAGAUAUUACAUGGCUCACAAAACCAGUAACAUCUGAAAAUGAAAAGAGUACAGGCUUUGAAGUCGAAAUGCAAGAUGUCUCAUCUAGUUCACAACGUUGUCUAAAACUAGAUGAGUUGAUUGAGUUCUUUCCUGAAUAUGUCGCAAAACAUCAAAAGCUAUUGGAAUCCAUAGGAAGUAAUAGAGACGAUAACUUUAAUGUCACAACUCGUGAACAUAAAGAAGAAACUACCCAAUCUGUUGAUGUGACAGAAAGUCUAACAGGUAAUUUAAGUUCUGAUAUAGAACUAUCUACUGUAGAAAAGUGUUCAGAACAAUGUAGUGAAGAAGAUAAUAAAAUAGAGGUUCACAUAACUAUACCAGGAGAAGAAGCUACCACGAAGAAUGAUCGUAUUAUCCUAGCUCAGCUUCCUAACAAUGCUUAUAUUUUUUUAACAUUACCUAAGCCUUUAGUUUCACCACUUAAUACAAAUGUUAACACUCCCGUCCAGUUGUUCGAAAUUGAAAAUAGUAAUGAUGUUAAUAAUUCUGUGUCCACAAGUAACAAUAAACCGAAAGUUGUAAAGAAGAAAAAACAAAAGACGUCCCCAGAACACCCCGUCAGCACUGACUCGAAGAAAACUGCACUCGAUAAAAAUGUCCUUAAAGUACUAUUGUUUGAAAGUCUUUUUAAAAACAAUGUUAGUGAGAAUUUGUCGCACACUGCGGGGGUGUCAGCUAUCGCCGACAAAGAGGUCGAUUCCGCUAUAUCGUUUAGUUGCAUCACAACACCGGAGGUUGUGUCCAGUUGCAACACGACAUCGUCUACGGCGCAGUCGGCGGUCGCCGUCGAUCCUAAGCCCCGCAGCGUCAUCUCGAGCAGUUUCAACGGGCUGCCGCUGUCGCGACCCAGCUACGGCUCCACCGGCAACUCCGCUACAGACGACUACAAGAAGUCUCUAGAUGAAAACGGCAACUCAGUACAAGGAUUCAGUUCACCUCUUUCGGGAUCUAGUCAACACAAAAAACCUCGGAGGAAAAAGUCUUCAAAGAACGAGACAGUUAUCGACUGCCAACAGAUCGACGGCUACCAAGGAGACAAGGACGUCAACGAGCUGCUCCGGUUCAUCGAAUCGAACGCGGACAACGGACGCGGCGCCAAGCUCGGCCGCGUCAAGCACAAGGACGACUCGGACGACAAGAGCGGCAAGAAGCGCUCCACCGAGCGUCGCAAGGACAAGGAGAACAAGCUCAAGCGAGCCUCCUCGCUCGAGGAGCUGUCCCGCACCAACAUCGACGACCUCACCGACGCCGCGCCCGACUCCGCCGAGCGCCGCGAGCCCGCCAAGCCCGAGCGCCGCUCCUGGGGCGACGACGCGCUCUACGACCCCGACGCCGUCGCCGAGACCGACUUCCAGACCGUCACCAAGAAGCGCAAGCCGCGGCGCCGCGCCGACGAGCCGCCGCGCCGCGCCCGCGCCCCCUCCCCGCGCCCGCGCCGCGAGUCCGCGCCGCCCUCCGACCGCAGCAACGACUCCAACGACGACAUGGACUCCGUGCACUCGCUGCCCGCCGCGCCGCCCGCGCCGCCCGCCGCCGCGCCGCCCGCGCCCGUCGCCUCCUACGCCGACAUCGCGCGCACCCGCCACAACAUCCCCGACCUCAUCGAGUCCUGCAACUUCUACGCCGAGCCCGAGCCCGGCGCCGCCGCGCCCGCCGACGACGGCUACCCCGCGCUGGCCGCGCGCCGCCGCGACGCCAAGCCGCCGCCGCCGCGCCGCAAGGAGCGGCCGCCCGCCGCGCCGCGCCCGCCCGACUGCCCGGCGCCCGACGUGGUGGCCGACCGGCGCCCGCCCGUCAUCCUGCUGGACGAGGCGGUGCGGCCGCGCGACAUGGACGGCGUCACGUUCGGCUUCGACGUGAACGAGCAGCUGCUGAGCGGCGCGGCGCGGCGGCCGCGCUGCGACCUGGUGCGCGACGCGGCCGAGGCGGGCGUGGCGGUGCGCGCCGGCUGCCUGGCGCUGCGCUACGUGCCGCCCGCGCCGCCGCCCGACGCCGCGCCGCUGCUGCAGCUCGUGGACUACGUGGGCGCGGCUUGGGAGGACGUGGUGCGCUGCGGCGGCGGCAAGGUGCGCUACUUCAGCGAGUAGCGCCGCGCGCAGCCCCGCCCCGCGCCGCCCGCCCGCGCCCGCCGGCCCGGCCCGGGCCCGGCGCCGCCUCGCCCGCGCCCUACUCUCGCGGAUGUACCACCUACGUCUAACUAUUGCUUACUUUAGAAAACAAAAA